AUGAGUGCUGUCUAUACUUCUGCUGAACCAACUGUAUCUACAUUCAACACACAGCGCUAUGCUCCUCAGUUGGUUGAAGGUGUGGAAUCUGUGCUGAUUAUCGGUUCUGGUGGUCUCUCCAUUGGCCAAGCUGGUGAAUUUGAUUACAGUGGUUCCCAAGCCAUCAAGGCUCUAAAGGAAGCUAAGAAACAAACAAUUCUAAUAAACCCAAAUAUCGCCACGAAUCAAACUUCUCAUUCUUUGGCAGAUAAAAUCUACUAUUUGCCAGUAACACCAGAAUACAUUAGUUAUAUCAUCGAACGUGAAAGACCUGAUGCCAUUCUAUUAACAUUUGGUGGCCAAACUGCUUUAAACUGUGGUGUUGCGCUAGAAAAAAUGGGUGUCUUGGAGAAAUACAACAUCAAAGUGCUAGGUACACCUAUUAAAACAUUAGAAAUGACUGAGGAUAGAGAUAUGUUUGCACAAGCAUUGCAAGAGAUCAAUGUCCCAAUUGCAACUUCGUUCGCAUGUGAAACUUUGGAUGAAACUUUAAAAGCCGCUGAGGAAGUAAAAUAUCCAGUGAUUAUCAGAUCUGCAUAUGCGCUAGGUGGUCUUGGUUCUGGUUUCGCUAACAACCCUACAGAAUUAAGAGAUCUAGCAUCUCAGUCUCUAUCAUUAUCCCCCCAGAUUCUUGUGGAAAAAUCUCUGAAGGGUUGGAAAGAAGUCGAAUACGAAGUUGUCAGAGAUAGAGUUGGUAACUGUAUUACAGUUUGUAAUAUGGAAAACUUCGAUCCAUUGGGUAUUCACACCGGUGAUUCUAUCGUCUUUGCGCCUUCUCAAACUUUAUCCGAUGAAGAAUACCACAUGUUAAGAACUGCUGCCAUUAAGAUCAUUAGACACUUGGGUGUGGUCGGUGAAUGUAACGUUCAAUACGCCCUACAACCAGAUGGAUUAGACUUUAGAGUCAUUGAAGUCAAUGCACGUCUAUCUCGUUCGUCUGCCUUAGCCUCCAAGGCUACUGGUUACCCCUUGGCUUAUACUGCUGCUAAGAUCGCUCUUGGUUACACUUUACCAGAACUACCAAACCCUGUUACAAAGACUACUGUGGCCAACUUUGAACCAUCAUUAGAUUACAUUGUGGCAAAGAUUCCUAAAUGGGAUUUGAGUAAAUUCCAACACGUUAAUAGAGAUAUUGGUUCUGCCAUGAAAUCUGUCGGUGAAGUCAUGGCAAUUGGUAGAAACUUCGAAGAAGCUUAUCAGAAGGCUCUCAGAGAAGUGGAUCCCUCUUUGCUUGGAUUCCAAGGUUCUAACGAAUUUGGUGAUAAACUAGACGAAGCACUUGCUGUUGCUACUGAUAGAAGAUCUUUGGCCAUUGGUCAAGCUUUGAUCCACGAAAACUACACAGUCGACAGAGUCCACGAAUUGACUAAGAUCGAUAAAUGGUUUUUGUUCAAAUGUAUGAACAUCGUUAGAGUGUACAAGGAAUUGGAAGCUAUUACUUCUAAGGAAUCCUUAACCAAGGAUCUACUGCAAAAAGCAAAGAAAUUAGGUUUCUCCGAUAAACAAAUUGCCAUUUCCGUUAGCAAGGCUCUAUCUACUAAGGUUACCGAAUUGGAAAUUAGAUCCUUGAGAAAAUCUUACGGUAUUGUACCAUUCGUUAAGAAGAUCGACACUUUAGCCGCUGAAUUCCCAGCUAACACCAACUACUUGUACACUACCUACAAUGCUACUAAGAACGAUGUUGAAUUUACCGACAAAGGUAUGCUUGUUCUUGGUUCUGGUGUUUACCGUAUCGGUUCAUCUGUGGAAUUCGAUUGGUGUGCUGUGAAUACCGCAAAGACUUUAAGAGAUGAAGGUAAGAAGACCGUUAUGAUUAAUUACAACCCAGAGACCGUUUCUACCGAUUUUGACGAAGUGGACAGAUUGUAUUUCGAAGAAUUGUCUUACGAAAGAGUUAUGGAUAUCUACGAAUUAGAAAACUCUGAAGGUUGUAUCAUCUCUGUUGGUGGUCAACUUCCUCAGAACAUCGCCUUAGCUCUUCAUGAUACUGGCUGUAACGUUCUAGGUACUUCUCCUGUGGAUAUCGAUAAUGCUGAAAGUAGACACAAGUUCUCUGCCAUUUUAGACUCUAUUAAUGUCGGCCAACCUGAAUGGAGUGAAUUAAAGUCUGUUGAAGAAGCAAAGAAGUUCGCCAAUGCAGUUCACUACCCUGUGUUGAUCAGACCAUCUUAUGUGUUAUCUGGUGCCGCCAUGAAUGUUAUCACGAGUGAACACGAAUUGGAAGAAAAAUUGACCAUGGCCUCAGAUGUGUCUCCAGACCAUCCAGUGGUUAUGUCUAAAUUCAUCGAAGGUGCUGAGGAAAUUGAUGUCGAUGGUGUUGGUUACAACGGUCAACUACUAGUUCACGCCAUCUCUGAACACGUGGAGAACGCAGGUGUUCACUCUGGUGAUGCUACCUUAAUCUUACCACCACAACAUUUGAGCGAACAAGUUCUAUUGGCUCUAAAAGAUAUCGCUGAACGUGUUUCUAAGGCUUUCAACAUUACAGGUCCUUUCAACAUGCAAGUGAUCAAGCACGGUGACGACUUGAAAGUUAUCGAAUGUAACAUUAGAGCUUCUAGAUCCUUCCCAUUUGUCUCCAAGGUUUUGGGUUGUAACUUCAUUGCAACUGCUGUUAAGGCCUUCCUUGGUGGUAACAAAGUUCCUGAACCAGUGGAUUUGAUUACUCACAAGAAAUACGACUAUGUGGCUACCAAAGUUCCUCAGUUUUCUUUCACUAGAUUGGCUGGUGCUGAUCCAUUCCUUGGUGUUGAAAUGUCCUCCACUGGUGAAGUAGCUUCUUUCGGUAAAAACGAAUUGGAAAGUUACUGGACUGCUUUGCAAUCCACUAUGCAUUUCCAUGUUCCUCUACCACCAAGCGGUAUCCUAUUUGGUGGUGACAUAUCUAAACCAUUAUUGGGCCAAGUAGCAGCUACUCUAACCGGUUUGGGUUUCCAUUUCUUCGUUGUGGAUGAAGCUUGUAAAAAUUACUUGGAAAAAUUCAUCCCCUCUGAGCAAGAUGUUAAAGUUAUCUUCUUCCCUAAGAACGAUAAGAGGAAGUUACGUGAAGUUUUCCAAGAGCACGAUAUCAAAGCCGUUUUCAAUUUGGCAUCUAAGAGAGCAUCUAGUGUGGAAGAUGCAGACUACAUCAUGAGAAGAAAUGCCAUUGAUUUUGCCAUCCCACUUUUCAACGAACCAAGAACUUCCAACCUUUUUGCACAUGCCCUAAAAGAAAAGGUUGCUGAAAAGCUUAGAGUUCUAGAGUCUACUGACGUGGCUGUACCAAGUGAAGUUCGUUGCUGGGAAGAAUUCUUGGGAUUUAAAGCCUAA